AGGCUGCCCAGGGAGGCUGUGGGGUCUCCUUCUCUGGGGAUAUUCAAGGCCUGUCCCUGUCUGGACGCCUACCUGGGCAGCGCGCUCUAGGGAACUGCUUUGGCAGGGGGUUGGACCCGAUGAUCUCCUGAGGUCACCUCCAACCCCUCCAUUUCCGUGAUUGUGGGAUUCUGGGAUCUUCUUUGGCACACCUUUCCUUCACACCUGACACAAGACAACUCCAGAAUGCCCCCUUCUCUGGCGAGGGAUCCCAGCUGCCUGGCUUCCCUGCCUUCUAAUUGCAGACCAUGGCUCCGCUGUCCCAGCACCAGAGCAGCCAGGUGACAAGGUGCUCACCUGGACAACGACUGAAAUCUUUUCGCCUAUCUCAUAGCUCAUGCUGGAAUAGGCAUCGAGUAGUUCCUGAUGCUCUUAUGAUACCUUCCUCUUCAUCUUCCUGUUCCUCUGAUGGCCCCGCCACUCUGGAGCAGCCUGCCUCGUCUUCUUCCUCCUCCCCAGUCCGAGUGGGAGUUCCUCUGCAUUCUAAGCAAGCCGUGGGAGAAGCUAAGGUUUACAAAUUACAAUUGUUAAACAACAAUUUUGUUUUAACACGCUGUGGUCAGAUCUGUCCUUAUCUCAACCCUUUGGGCCCCGUGCUGGACAUCGAAGGACUGCUGUGGUUUAACGGGCAAGCAGCUUUUUCCUCAAGUGGGAUGGGGGAGAGAAUUGGGGGUGGGAGGGGCGCUACCCCUAUAUAUUGUUGCAUGACCCCACAUGGUGUGGAAUAUCCCUUUGGCCAGUUGGGGUCAGCUGUCCUGGGCCUGUCCCCUCCCAGCUCCUGCUGUACCCCCAGCCUGCCCGCUGCCAGGGCAGUGUGAGCAGCACAGAAGUCCUUGGCUCUGUGUCAGCACUGCUCAGCAGCAUCUAAGCCAGCAGUGUGUUAUCAGCACCAUUCUCAUCCUAAAACCAAAGCCCCACACCAGCUACGGUGAUGAAAAGCAACUCGAUCCCAGCCAAAACCAGGACAAGCCAGUGUCUGCUCCUGCAGGAGCCCCUCUGCACUGAGGGCUGCAGAGCCUGCGCCUCACCUCUCAGCACCCAAGGGCCUGGGACACACACACGCAUGCCCUAGAGGAUGGGCAACUGAUAAAAGGUGAUUUCCUGUUGGUUUCCCUGCAGCCUUUUGCAGCAGCCCAGCAGCAACUGGGUGGUCAUGGGGGGCUGGAACACAAACUGUCUGGGGGUUGCUAUAAAAAGGCAGAGCAGCCAGCUCCACGCACCCUGCAGCAGCGCCGAGCCGUGGGUCCUGCAUGCAACAGAGCAGAGCCUUCUCCGACCCUGCACUCUCCCCCUAGCAGACGCCCGUGCCCUGUACUGCUGCACUCAGCGGCUGAGCUCAGCCGGUUGCAGAGGACCGGGUCCUGCGCUGCCUGGGGCAUCCCCGCUCGUGGCUGGACCCCCGGAGCUUCCUGCACAUGGAGCACCUCGGCCUGGGCUGGGUGCUGCUGGCCGGCACCUUGGCUGGCACCUUGGCCGCCAGCAGCACCCGUGAGCAAUUCCUCGGUCCCGUCAGGGAGGUGGCGAUGGACAUGGCCCAGAACUCCUUCGAUGACCAGUACCAGGGCUGCAGAUACAGGAUGGAAGAGGCGCUUAGAAUGGUGAACCGCACUGAAUUCAAAAACCCGGUCUAUGCAGACACCUGGAGAAAAGCAGAGGAGAGGUGGUGGACGCAAUGGCGCAACUCCAUCCCACCGCAGGUGCUGUGGCGGGAGUACGCGGUGGCCGUGCUGGCGUACACUGCUGGCAGAGGCCUGUACCGCCAGCUCAAUGCAGCCAUACGUGAGGGUGGGCGCUCCCGCGAUUACUACCUCCAAUCCUUCCCCUUCAAGACACUGCAUUUCCUCCUGACCGAGGCCCUGCACACCCUGAGGGAUGCCCAGGUCCGCAGAUGCUACAACGUCUACCGUGGUGUCAAGGGCAUCCGCUUUACGGCCCAGGUCAACCAGACUGUCCGAUUCGGCCAGUUCGCCUCUGCCUCCUUCAAGAAGAGGUUUGCCCAGCUCUUUGGCCAGGACACCUUCUUCUUUGUGUACACCUGCCAUGGUGCCAUGAUCGGCAACUUGUCCUUUUACGCUGAUCAGCGCGAAGUCCUCAUCCCACCCUAUGAGAUCUUCAAGGUCAUCAACGUCACCCGUUACACAAACGAAACCCACAUCCAUCUCCGCUCCAUUGGUGCACGCAGCAACUACAACUGUGCACUGGUGAAUAGUACGGGCAGGCAGCAGGGUGGGUGCCCCCGGGAGAUGGCUGGGGACAGGGCACAGCCCUGGGCAGGCGCCGCCGUGCUCCCCGCGCUCCUCCAGCCAUGGCUGCAGAGGAACGGGGGCCCCGUGCCACCGGCUCUGUGAGGGGAAGGGGAGCCUCGUGGUGAAGGCAACACCUCCAUGUGGGGAGCUCGGGGAGCCUGGGGAGCUUGGGGAGCUUGAAGACCUUGGGGAGCCUGGGGAGCUUGAAAUAACGUGGAGCUGCUGUGCGGAGCCAUGGGGGUGUGUAGAGAAGGAGGAGCAGGAGGGCCUGCUGAGGGGUUAGGUUUGGGGUAUAAAAGGGCCGGUCAGUGUUUGUGUGUCCUAUCGUCGCAUUUCUCACAUUAAAGCUUUUCUCUUUGCA